AUGGCUAUUCGAAUUCCAACUCGUCCACAUCCACCGUUUGCUUCAAAGACUUCCAAUUCAAAUUUAAAUUUGACUGGAAAAUCUCAAGCACUAAAUCCAUUCAUCUUUGAAGACAAAACCGCUAAAUCCACAACUCUACUUCCAAGCAUAAAUUCCUUCAACAUUAAUUCUUUACGAAAAAUCCGAAAAACGAAAAAGGCUCAUACGCUGAAACUAGAAAGAUUUAGCGAUCCGUUGCAAAACAGUCCAAGCUUGAACUCUAUUGUCAUUCAAAAAUCGGGCGGAUCUUUUAGCAGGUCAAUGCAUUUUAAACUGACCGCUGAUCCUUUGAAUUCUUCUCCGCUUUUUGAUGACUUAUAUGAAGAGGAGAAAGAAAUUAUAACUCCAACGCCGUUUAAUGAAGUUGUAGAAGAAGAUUUGCAGAAAUCCAUUUUUAGGUAGAACUUAGAAAAAUCUAAACUUAGACUUAAUAUUUACAUUUCUGAUCAGAACGAUCGAGCUAAUCCUAGGAUGCUAUCAGGAAGUCUCAGCUGCUUAGUUGCAGACUUCUUGUACGGUUACCAUUCUCCCAUUCUAGAAUCCUCCUCUCUGGUUGUUGCCGUGGUAAGUGGAUGGCCUUUGCAGUUAGAGUACAUAAGCUUUGGACUUGCUCUCCACUUGCUCAAUCUUAGUCUUCACUGAUUCUGCACCAGUCAUUUUUUCUUGAGCUUCGGUAGCACACUCGUGGCCAGUGCUGCGGCAGGUAAUAGUCCUUUUAUCAGGGCAAAACUCCGAUAAUCAAUUUCAUAAAUACUAACUCCCCCCCUCCGUGAGUGAACAAAAAAAAUUUUGUUCACCACGGAGAAGGGUUAAUUUUUUUUUUUAAAAAAGUUUAUAUGUAAAUGUUUUAUAAAUUUUCAGUUCUAUAAAAAUUGGAAAGCAAAUAUUAAUUUAAUUUGCAAAUUUAUGUUUUAAAGCGCAAUUUGUUUAAAAUUAAACAGAAUUAGCUCGAGAUUUCAUUAUACUAAUUAUCACUUAUAUAUCAAUUUUUUUUUCCAUAAAAAAUUUUCUAUUAAAAAAAUUUUUGCUCACUCACGGAGGGUGGGUUUUUGGGCAAAAAAUAGGGAUCUUUCCAAUAGUUUUGUUCACUCACGGAUGGGGGAGUAAGUGGAACCAUUUUUAGAUCACAGUCAAUUGAUGUAGAUAAUUCACAAACAUCAUUUUGGCACAAGAUUUCUGAGAAUACCAAAAAGCCUGAAACUCCUGAACUUACCCAAAUUAAAAAACCUCAAGGAUUAAAAAUCAGGGUUGUAAAGAGCAGUCAAGGCUUACCUUCUUCUCGAUCUAUUGAAAAUCCUCAAAACUCACCAAAACUUUUAAGUUUAAAAAUUACAAAAUCGUCUGAUCCUAAAAGAGAAGAGCCAAAAGGUUCCGAAAAAUGGAAAAAAUCAAUGAAAGAUCAUUUAUUUCAGACUUUCCAAGCCUUAAAAUACUUAAAUUCCCACCCAUCAAUUGACAUUGAUCUCGUUAGAUGCCGAAAAAUCAAGCUGACUAAAAAGCUUGAAUUUAGAAAAACAGUGAUUUUUGACUUACUCCCCCCCCCCCUCCGUGAGCGAACAAAACCAUUAGAAAAAUCGCCAUUUUUUGACCAAAAACCCACCCUCCGUGAGUGAACAAAAAAUUUUUUUAAUAGAAAAAAUUUUAAUGGAAAAAAAUUUUGAUAUAUAAGUGAUAAUUAGUAUAAUGAAAUCUAGAGCUAAUUCUGUUUAAUUUUAAACAAAUUGCGUUUUAAAACAUAAAUUUUUUGCAAAUUAAAUUAAUAUUUGCUUCCCAAUUUUUGCAAAUUAGGAUUUUUUUAAAUUUCGAAAAAAAUAUUUUUUUAUAAAAUUUAUAUAUAAAUUUUUUUUAAAAAAAAAAAAUUAACCCCCCUCCGUGAGCGAACAAAAUUUUUUUGUUCGCUCACGGAGGGGGGGGGGAGUUAGAUGAAACUUUAAUUCACUGUGUAGACAACGAGGCCGAUGAAGCUUCAGAUGCAAUUAUCCCUGUAAAAUUCCCCAAUGGCAUGAUUGCAAAAACGAAAAUAAAAAUAAGACCUUAUGCAGUAGAAUGCUUAAGGGUAAUCAGCAAAAUAUGCGAAGUGAUAAUUUUCUCUUCUUUUAAUCAGACUUAUGCAGAUGCAAUUAUUGAUUUUUUGGACCCCAAAAAAGAAAUAGUACAUCAUAGGUUGUAUAGGGAUAGUUGUGUUAUCGUUAAUGGCUUAAUUAUCAAAGACAUUAGGAUUCUGGAAGACAGAAACCUAGAGGACGUCGUCAUAGUUGAUAAUUCAGUACACAGCUUUAUAUACCAAUUAGAGAACGGAAUACCCAUUGUUAGUUGGACAAAUAACGAAGACGAUAAGGAAUUAUUAAAUUUAGUCAAUUAUAUCAAAAAACUUACUACUCCUGAUGAUAUCAGAAAAUUAAACAGAAAAACAUUUAAACUUUACAGAUUUUACAUGGAUUAUAUCCAUGAAUUUGAAACUGAUAGCCCACAUAAAGCAAAAAAAUAA